GCUCAUCUCCUUUAUACGCACCCCUUUUCGUGGUUGGGUGGUAAAAUGACAGACGUCGUAUCAGCAAAAUAGGCUUAUUAUUGUUUCGUGACUAUAUAGUGAUUGAGAGAAAGUAUUUGAGUGAAACUAUAAAUUUAACAUGUUAGUGCAAAAGUUUUAGAUUUGCAUGUUUUCCUUGUGAAGGGAAUUAAAACAUCUAUUAUCUGUAGAGUGGUUCAGCUUCGGGUGGAGUAUCCUAUUGCCUUCAAGCAAACAGCGAAUUGAGUUUCAAGUCAAAUAAAAAUAGAUAGGGCGUAAACCUUACAAUAAUGCUAAUGGUUUCGGAAAUUAAGUGGUGUUACGCAGUUAGCUACAAGUAAUUUACACUAAAAAGCCUAUUUGGCCAGUUUAGAGUUUGUAUCAUUGAAAACUAUCAUCUAAUGUGUUAUUAAGUUAGAUUGUCCUACGACCGAAGUGUACGUAGCCUUCCAUCAUGCCACCAUUGAACAGCUACAAUGGCAAUGGCACCACAAGUGAUAUUAUCUGCUCACUCUCCCAAUCGCAAAUGGCCAUUGAUCAGACGAACGAAAGUGCCCCUGGGGGGCGGCCACCCAUUUUCAGCUGUUCACAGUACCCACAGAAGGUACUGCUAAAUCUGAACGCACUGCGCCAAAAUACGCGCUUCUGUGAUGUGGAAAUUGUGGUCGGCAGCACAACGAUCCAAGCCCACCGAGCAGUGCUGAGUGCUGCUUCCGCUUACUUCGAGGCAAUGUUCCGCCCCGAGCUGGGACUAAGUGAAGGCAAACAGAAGUCAGUCACGUUACACUCCAUCCGGGCGGAUAUACUGAUACUACUGGUCGAUUUCAUCUAUACAGGACAGGUGGAAAUUAAACAGAGCAACGUCCAGGAAUUGCUGGCUGCAGCAGAUAUGAUACAACUGCCAGAAGUUGUUGACGGAUGCUGCGAAUAUCUAUGCCGUGAACUUCAUUCUUCCAAUGCACUAGGAAUACUACGCUUCGCAGAGGCGCACAAUUGUCGACAUCUGGCGGAGGCGGCCGCCACGUACGUGUACACAAACUUUCCUAAGGUUGCCCUCGAGGAUGAACUGCUGGACAUUCCACACAUGAUGCUAAUGAAAGUGAUUUCCUCCGAAUCAUUGAGAGUAGAUAGUGAAUUUCAAGUGUUUAAGGCUGCUCUGCGCUGGAUCAAGCACGAUGUCGUACCUCGCAGGCGUUAUGUUUUCGAGAUAUUAACGCACGUUCGUUUGGCAUUAGUUCCUGUUGGUCUUAUUGAUCAAGCUAUUGCUGAGUGCCGUGACGUCUCGCUGAAGAUUGCGCUGAGAUCAGUUCGGAAAGAUUUAACCUCCAAGCGGGGCCAGUUAGUGCCGCUUCGCGUUUGUCCUCGGGUUUGUGCCAAAAAGAGUAUCUACAUCAUUGGGGGAUCGCGUCGAGAGCAAUCCGCAGGAUGGACACCGGCAGAUUGUAUUUUUGAGAGUGUCAUCAAGUAUGACAUAUUUCGACGUGAGUGGAUUGAGUCGGCUCCGAUGCAGAUCGGAAGAAUUUUGCCAGGGGUGGCAUCGCUUGGUGGAAAGAUUUUCGUAAUCGGAGGCGAACGUGGUAGUCAAAUACUAGCGAACGGAGAAGUUUACGACACGCAAAAUAAUAAUUGGGAAGCAAUGGCACCGAUGAUUGUGCCCAGAUGCGAGUUUGGACUUUGCGCUUUGGGUGGAACUUUGUAUGCGAUGGGAGGAUGGAUUGGAGAGGAUAUUGGAGGUUCUAUUGAGUGUUAUGAUCCAAUGAAAAAUACUUGGAGAAUGGUUGGAGACUUACCGGAGCCUAGAUUCAGCAUGGGUGUUGUCAGCUUCGAAGGUCUCAUAUACAUCGUCGGUGGUUGCACAACCUCCAGUCGCCAUUUGCCAGAUUUGAUAAGUUACAACCCGGUCACGCAUGAAUGGAAUUCGCUUGCUCGGAUGCGAACGGCACGCUGCCAGAUGGGUGUGGCGAUACUGGACCGCCAUCUGUACGUGGUCGGUGGAAACAGCAGUCAGCAGGAGGUCCUCUGUACGGUCGAAAAGUAUUCGUUCGACGAUAACCUGUGGUCCGUGGUGGCACCGAUGUCGGUGAGCCGGGCCAGUCCUGCGGUUGCUGCAGCGGAUGGUUUGCUUUAUGUGGCUGGGGGUGACCAACCGUGCGAGAUUAACUUUUACCGUGCCCAGGUGACGAUAUCUUCCUUUGAGUGCUAUGAUCCCAUCAAUGAUCACUGGAAACAGUGCCCCGAUCUGCCAACCAGUCGCUCCGAAGCGGGAGCGGUUGUGGUUUAAAUAAGUUAUGAUACACUUUUUUACUGCUUUUUGUUCAAGUUUAUGAGAUAUAAGUUUUUAAAAUUCACAAUUCUAGUCUGCUCUUGAGUUUUUUCGGAUGCAUCAAUUUCUAUUCUUUUGUAGGUAAGGUAUGUUAUGAACAAGCACAGCAGCUAUUAUCAAUUUCAAGCAAUGUUACUUUUACGUCCAGGUCGUUUAUUUCACUCAUAUUUUACCAAAGAAUCAUGGCUGCACAUAACGCAAUUAGAUACGUAGUUUAUUAUUGACAGCUUUGGGAAAAUGUUAAUUACUAAUGUCAGAUAUUGGUGUUUACACAGUGUUUAAAAUUAAGCUUCACAUUAAAUGCUU